CUUCUCCCCGCAGUGGCAUUUCAGCUGUGAGCUUGACAGCCUGCGUCCUUCCAGUUGCGCAGAGUGGAUGGCCAUCCCUGGCGGAGCCAGAGCUUCUCUCUCACCUCCAUUUCGCACUUAAACCGCGGGGGAAUUGGCCAUGGGACUGCGGCAGCCCUGCCUGGCUCGGGUGUGAGCAUCACCUACCUCACAGAGGUAAGGCAGCAGCAUAGUGAUGCGUGGGCAGCGUGGGGGAUUGAAGAUCACUUGGUAGCCAGAGCUUUAGAGGUAUAUUGGGCUUUUCUGUUUACAAUGAAAGUGGUACUCAGGAGACAGAGCAAAAAAAUGAGCCUCAUGGAUAUCACCAAGAUUUUCUCCAUGCUCCAGCCCAGAGAAGACGAAGAAGGUACCAGAGAAAGCGAGGAGCUGAACCAAGUGGUAUCCCAGGAUGAUUAUCAAACCCUGGAGAGGCUCCUGAGCCAAGACAGGUACAAGAGGGUCAUCAACAGCCGGAGCGGCUGGGGCGUGCCCAGCACCCCGCUGCGCCUGGCCGCCUCCAAGGGCCACCUGCGGAGCCUGGAGGUCCUCUUGGCCCACGGGGCGGAGGUGGACAGCCUGGACGUCAAGGCCCAGACCCCGCUCUUCACGGCGGUCAGCAACGGCCACCUGGAGUGCGUGAAGGCGCUGCUGGAGGCCGGGGCGAAUCCCUCCGGCAGCAUCUACAACAACAGCUCGCCGCUGCUCACCGCGGCCAGGGACGGGGACCUCGGCAUCCUGCAGCAGCUCCUGCACCAUGGCGCCGAGGCCAACGUCCACGGGAGGGUGCCCGAGUGGGCCGCCAACUCCGCCGCCUGCUCCGGCCCGCUGUACCUCGCGGCCGUCUACGGGCACCUGGAGUGCUUCAGGAUGCUGCUGCUCUACGGUGCCGAUCCCAACUACAACUGCACCGAGGAGAAGAUGAUCGCGCGCAUCAAGGAGCCCAAGACUCUGCUGGAAAUCUGCCUGAGGCACGGCUGCCGGCGGGAGUUCAUCAAGCUGCUCCUCGACUUCGGAGCCAACGUCUAUUUGCCAAAAGUUGCGGUGGAAAAGAUGCCACCCAGUAGCGAGGGCCUGGAGCUGCUGUUGCAGGCGAGAGCUCAUCCCAAAUCCUUGAUGUCUCAGUCCAGGCUGGCGGUGAGGCGCCUCCUGAAGCAGGCUGGCCACGCGCAGGCCCUCGGCGAGCUGGACAUCCCCCCGGUGCUGGUGAGCUACCUCCGACACCAGCUUUAGCAGGGACACAGCGCGGAAGAUGCCCGCCCCAGAAACGUGCCCAAUGCCUGAAUUAAAAGCUGCUCUGAUGCUGCCACUGCACAGCAUGAAACAGAUGUGAA